AUGGUGACAUCUAGUCUGGUAGUUAACUGUGUUCGUGGUCUUCGGGCUGGUUUAGCUAGUCUUCAUGAAGUGUAUAAAAGCAAGCUUGCUUCUGUACUUCAGUCCUCAACAGAGACUCGUCUGAAUAAGUUUGAGUCUAUGGAGGCUUUCCAGCGAGCUGCCACGUUAGACCCACGUUACAAGCUGGACUGGUGUCAUGACUAUGACAAUGAAGUGCAAGAUAUUCGUGACCUUCUGACUGUGAAAUACAAUAGGGCAGGCAGUGUUGAUCCUACAACAACAGACACUUCCCCUGCUGAACCACCGCCGAUGAAGAGGAACAAGUUCAUUGCCCUGACCAACCGGUCUUCUACACCAAGACCAACUCCAUCAGAAACUGAGGUCUCACUCUACCUCAACCAGCCAUGUCUACAGGAAGAUGGUGAUCACCUUGGCUACUGGAAGGCCAAGCAACCUGAGUUUCCUGUCCUCACCAGACUUGCAGCAAAGUACCUGGCCAUUCCUGCUGCAUUGGCUCCUGUGGAACGACUGUUCUCCAUGGCUGGCAAGCUCUUCAGGCCAGAGAGGUGCAAAUUAAGCGAUGAAAGAUUUGAGCAACUUAUGAUGAUCAGAUGCAAUCCUCAGUAA